GGAGGAGGUAUAUAUAUACUCCGAAUCGCAUGGUGAACUGGAUGCAUAGAUCCUUCGAAUCUCAGUUAAAUCCCGACGGCGACACUGACAGCCACUUUGUGCUCUGUUCCACUUUGCUUCUGCUUCCUCAAGAAAGAUUUAACCCAAACAACUCUCCAUUCGAAUGAACAAGAAUCAUGCCCGGAGCGAAGAUUCGUCUUUUUUCUCUUUUCUUACUGUCUUCCACAAUCAAUGCAUCUUACCCAGAACACGAAAAUGAUCUGGACACACUGUUAAAGUUGAAAGCUUCCAUGGUCGGCCGGGGGAGCACCGGUCUGGGUGACUGGUCCGCCUUCAACUCCUUAUCCCCUGCCGUCCAUUGCACUUUCUCCGGCGUCACAUGUGACGGAGAUUCACGCGUGGUUUCAUUGAACAUCUCCCAUGUUCCGCUUUUCGGAGCUCUCCCGCCGGAGAUCGGACUUCUUGAUAGGCUUGUUAACCUGACUCUCGUCUCCGACAACCUCACCGGCCCGCUUCCGUUGGAAUUCGCGAAACUUUCCUCCAUCAGAUUCAUUAACCUCUCCGCCAACAGCUUCUCCGGCGAGUUUCCCCGAGAAAUCUUGCUGGGCAUGGUAGAGCUCCGGGUAUUUGACGUCUAUAACAACGAUUUCACCGGAACCCUCCCGCGUGAGUUCGUGAAGCUUAAAAGGUUGGAAACUUUGAAGCUUGGCGGAAAUUUCUUCAUCGGAGAGAUCCCGGAAGCUUACUCCGAUAUACAGAGCUUGAAGUGCUUAGCCUUGCAGGGGAACUCACUUACUGGAGUGAUACCUCCGAGCCUGGCGAAGCUUCCGAACCUCGAAGAACUCUGCCUGGGGUACUACAAUUCGUAUGAAGGCGGCAUUCCACCGGAGCUUGGUUCCGUAGCCACCCUCCGGCUCUUGGAUCUCGGCGGUUGUAACCUUACCGGCGAAAUACCCCCGGAGCUUGGUAAUUUGAAGCAGUUACAUACUCUGUUUCUGCAAAUGAACCAUCUUACCGGUCGCAUACCGGCGGAACUGUCCGGUUUGGAGAAUUUAAUGUCCCUUGACCUCUCAGUCAACGAGCUCACCGGAGAAAUCCCGGCGGGUUUCGCCAAACUAAAGAACCUGACACUGAUCAACCUUUUCAAGAACAAGUUCUUUGGUGGGAUUCCUUCGUUCAUAGGCGACAUUCAAUAUCUCCAGGUUUUGCAGGUCUGGGGGAAUAACUUCACGUUCGAAUUGCCGGAAAAUCUUGGCCGGAACUCCCCGCUGGUGUAUCUGGACGUAACCUCAAACCGAUUCACUGGUCCAAUACCCAAAGACUUGUGUAAAGGAGGGAGAUUAAAGACGUUAAUUUUAAUGGAGAAUUUCUUCUUUGGUUCGAUUCCUGAAGAUCUUGGAAACUGUAAAUCAUUAAUAAGGGUUCGCAUGAUGAAGAAUUUCCUGAACGGAACUAUCCCUCCCGGUUUCUUCAAUUUGCCUAUUCUUGAUAUGCUUGAGCUCCGGGACAAUUACCUUUCCGGCGAGCUUCCGACUGAGUAUUCAGCCAAGAACCUCACCAGUCUCUCUCUUUCCAACAACCGGCUCACCGGGAAAAUUUACCACUCUCUGGGUAACCUAGAGAAUCUAGUCGCAUUAUCUCUGGAUUCCAACAGAUUCUCGGGUGAAAUUCCGAUGGAAAUCUCGAAGUUACAGAACCUCGUGACGUUAGAUUUGAGUGAAAAUAUUCUGACCGGCGAAAUCCCAGCUUCGAUCACCCAAUGCAAGGAGCUCUAUUCCAUCGACUUGAGCGGAAACAAUCUAACCGGCCCGGUGCCGGAGCAAAUCUCCAUGCUGACUAGUUUGAACUCACUGAACUUGUCGAAUAAUCAACUGGGAGGCGCAAUUCCGAGUGAACUCGGGGCGAUGACCAGCCUAACUGUACUGGACCUCUCUAACAACGACUUCUCCGGCAGAAGACCAGUCAACGGGCAGUUAAAAUUCUUCAACGACCGUAUAUUCGCCGGAAAUCCAAGACUCUGUUCUCCCCACACACAACACUGCCCUUCAUCUUCAUCCCUGAGCUUCCACAAGAACCGCCACACUUCCAAGACGGUUAUAACCCUGGUCAUAUCAGCUGCCGUGGGAUCACUGCUAGCUGCCACGUGGAUGAUCAGCACAAAGGGCAGGACAAAGAAGUCAAGAAAGGCAUAUAAACUAACAGCAUUCCAGAGACUGGAUUUCAAAGCGAGUGAUGUGUUGGAGUGCCUAAAAGAGGAGAAUGUGAUAGGGAAAGGCGGAGCUGGGGUAGUGUACAGAGGGUGCAUGCCCAAUGGGACGGACGUCGCGAUCAAGAAAAUCGUCCGGCGAGGGGGCGACCAUCGGAAUAAUCAGGACAGAGGAUUCAAGGCGGAGAUUCAAACGCUCGGGAGAAUCAGGCACCGUAAUAUUGUGAGAUUAGUUGGGUAUUUGAAGAACAAGGAGACAAAUUUGCUGCUCUAUGAAUAUAUGUCGAAUGGGAGCUUAGGGGAAAUGCUGCAUGGAAGUAAAGGAGGGCAUUUGCAGUGGGAUAUGAGGUACAAGAUAGCCACGGAGGCCGCAAAAGGGCUUUGUUAUCUUCAUCACGAUUGCUGCCCGUCCAUCAUCCACAGGGAUGUGAAAUCCAAUAACAUUUUGUUGGACUCGGAUUAUGAAGCCCAUGUUGCUGAUUUUGGGCUGGCCAAGUUCUUGUUUGAUGCAGAUGGGUCGCAAUGCAUGUCAUCUGUUGCUGGAUCCUACGGCUAUAUUGCUCCAGAGUAUGCAUAUACUUUGAAGGUUGAUCAGAAAAGCGAUGUGUAUAGCUUUGGGGUUGUGUUGUUAGAG